CUUAUUUUGGUUUCAUGCUCUUCUUAUUUUAAUUGAAUUUUCCUUUUCCGUUCUCUACUCUUCUGUCUUCUUUCAUUCAGAAGAAGAAGGAGAAUUCAGAUUGUGAAAAAGAGGGGAAGAUGGGAAGAGGUAGGGUUCAGCUGAAGCGGAUCGAGAACAAAACAAGCCAGCAGGUCACGUUUUCGAAGAGGAGAACGGGGCUUCUCAAGAAAGCACACGAAAUCUCUGUGCUUUGUGAUGCUCAGGUUGCAUUGAUUAUGUUCUCUACCAAAGGAAAACUCUUUGAGUAUUCUUCUGAAUCCAGCAUGGAAGACAUUCUGGAACGAUAUGAGAGACAGGCUCAUGCUGAAUUUGCUAGCACAAACGAUGAACCACAGGGAAACUGGUCUUAUGAAUGCAUCAAGCUCACCGCCAAAAUUGAAGUAUUAGAGAAGAACAUUAGGAAUUUUGUGGGAAAUGAUCUUGACCCGUUGAGUUUGAGAGAGCUUCAAAGUUUGGAGCAGCAGCUUGAUGCAUCUCUAAAGCGUAUCCGAAUAAGAAAGAACCAAGUCAUGAAUCAAUCCAUCUCGGAGCUGAACAAAAGGGCAAGGCAAUUGCAGGAGCAAAACAGUUUGUUAGCAAAGAAGAUGAAAGAUAAAGAGAAGACAAUGAGUGAAGGUCCACAAGUCUGCCUUGAAACUCUGGGAAAAAGUACACCUAACAUCAACUUGUCUUCUCAAGAUCACCUACCACCACAAAGACUAGUUCCUUGUCUAAAUCUCAGUGGGACAAUACUGGAAGAAACAGGUGAAGCUCAAGAUGGUGCUGGUGGCAGCACUGUGAUCCCACCAUGGAUGCUUCAACAUUUGACAAGCUAAGUUAUAAAUGUUAUUAUGUGAUGUGACCUGGCUAUGUUAUAUAUAAUGAUGAAUGUUUAAUUCAUUCAUCAAUCUAAUGCUAGAUUCGAACUUGCUGUAUAAGCUGUAAUCUUCAUAUCUAGAAAUUAAUAUGGUAUGGGGAAUAUUAAGCAAGAAGAUCAUUAUUGAAUUGAGGUAUAUAUAUUAGGGUUAUGGUUAUUGUAUGAAACAUAUUGCACCACUCUUGGUGCACUGAUGAAGCAAGCAAUUAAUAUAUAAUCAAGAA